AUGAGGAAAACGAUUCGUGAAACAUGGUCAAAUGAAUUAAAAAAUUAUCAAAUAAAGGUAGUAUUUGUUGUCGCUCGUGAAGAAUUAUCAAAUCGAUUCAACAAUUUUACUAAUGAUUUAAUAAAUGCCUAUAAUGAAAAUGAAAUUUAUAAAGAUAUUUUAAUGGCUAAUUUCAUUGACAGAUGGAAUCAUUUAAUAUUUAAAUAUUGGGCUAUUAUGGAUUAUCAUGGUUAUUUUUGUUCGCAUAUAGAAUAUUUAGCUUGGCUCGAUUCCGAUAUACUUAUUUUAACGAAUAAUUUUCUAAGGUUCAUGAAAAGCAUCGAUGAAAUCCAUAGAAAUGAUCUUCAGUGCUAUGUUCAUUACAAUGCGAUACCAGACAGGAAUGGUACCAGUCCAUAUUAUGUUUCAUAUAAACAAUGGCCAAAACCUUUUUUACCAAUUUAUUGUAGUGGUAUUUUCAUCAUGACUAGUAAUGAAAGUGCUGAAAAAAUAUCAAGAACAAUGCCCGAAUUUGGAAUAGAUUAUGCAGCCUCAUUCAGGAUUUUUGAUGUGAUAACUGGAUUGAUUGCCGAGGUUCCGCAUUUGUUUUUCUCGAAUCUUGGCCAAAUCUAG